UCCAAGCUGGAUCAGUCACAACUCACAACCAAUUUCUUCAUUCACUUCUCAUCUCUCUCAUUCUUUCUUUUAGUCAGAGAAAAUAUAUCCAAGAUGAUGAGCUCCUCUUCUCUUCCACUUCUUAUUCUGUUCCUUUCUAUAGCUACAACUCAAGCUUUACUCAACUCCAAGACUUCUAAUAUCUCAGCCAUUUAUGUGUUUGGAGACUCUACAGUCGACCCAGGAAAUAACAACUAUAUUGAUACCAUUUUCAGGAGCAAUUUUCCACCCUAUGGAAGGAAUUUUCCUAACCAGAUCCCAACCGGAAGGUUCUCCGAUGGCCGGAUUCCCCCCGAUUUCAUCGCUUCUUACCUGGGAAUCAAAGACUACGUCCCUCCAUAUUUGGAUAACUCACUUAGCUUAGAGGAUUUGAUGACCGGAGUUAGCUUCGCUUCGGCGGGUUCGGGUUAUGACCCACUUACAGCAACACUAAGUAAUGUAAUUCAGUUGCCUAUGCAACUGGAAUAUUUUAAGGAGUACAGAACAAAGAUAGCAAAUGCAAUUGGAGCAAACAGGACCCAAGAUCACAUGAAGAAUUCUGUGGCUGUCAUUAGCUGUGGAACUAAUGAUUUUGUGGUGAAUUACUUUGGCAUGCCAAUUAGACGUCAGAGGUAUACCACUGCAAGUUACCAGCAGUUCUUGUUACAAAAUCUCCGGCAUUUGCUACAGGGCUUGUGGGAGCUUGGGAUUCGUAUACGCGUCUCUGGUCUUCCACCAAUGGGUUGUUUGCCGGAAGUUAUGACCGGUCAUCAUGAAUUUAUUUACCGAGAUUGGAAUCAGAAGCUUCAAGAUGAGUUAGUGGCAAUCCAAAACAGUGUAGCUUCAGGAGGUCUCAUCGUCUAUGCAGACAUAUACAGUCCAUUAGCUGACAUGAUCCAAUACCCCGAAAACUAUGGUUUCGAGGAGACGAGUAGAGGUUGCUGUGGGUCAGGGUUGAUAGAAGCAUCCUUCACUUGUGGUCCCAACACUAUGGUCUGUCCUGAUGCCACUAAGUAUGUGUUUUGGGAUGCUAUUCACCCAACAGAGAGAGCCUAUUACUUCAUCUCCACCAGCUUCCAAAAAAUCAUUGAUUGUUUCUUAUAGCCUUCCCCUUAAUUAGUUUUAGUAUAACUGCUUCAAGGGCUUAAUUACAGCUUAAAUAAGUAAGGGGAAAUCUGUUUGGCUGAGGUGUCAAUAGCCUGAUUAACCAACCCAUUUAUGUAUUUACAUUUUUAAUGAGAAUACUCCAAAAUAUUCCAAUAAUGUAAUUAACUCUUGCCAAAGCACUGAUUAGGGUUGAAUGA